UGUGAAGGAUACGCGUUGAGUCGGUGCUUAUUUUCAGUUCAAAGUACUGUUAACGUACUUUUCAAUAAUUGGAGUUGGUUUUGUCAGUUCAUUUAUAUUCCAAAGCGUCCGUAUAUAAGCGGCAUACAUGUCUCUGUUUCCUCUUAGUUGCUGCCUUGCUUGGUUUCGGUUUUCUCGGAAGAUUGUUGUGCUUGGAGAAGUUGAUUGUUGAGCCUUUUGGAUGGUGGAAAAGAAGCAAUUUAACGGGGAGGAUGAAGAUGGUUUUCGAAGUUGGAAGCGCAGACAAUCACUUCUUCGUAGAUGUAGUCUUAAGCACUUGACUACAGAGCGUGAUCCGCGGAAUGAAAAAUUCUUGGAGAAUUUCUUUCGUGGGCUGGUGCGGGAGGAGGUGGAACGUGUUGUACUAGUAUCACUUCACGGUCUUCACCCAUCUUCAAGACCCGCACUUCAUCAGGCUGGAACAUCUGGAGUGAGGAGCAUGCAGUUGCAAUUUGUCAACAAAUUUCCCUCUACCAUAUUCACAGGGACUAGUAUAAAAGCUGAGGAUGGUACCCCCAUCCAAAUUGAACUGAUUGAUGCUGGUUCCAGGACUAGAGUCAACUCCGGUCCCCUUUCUUCUAUAAAGAUUGAGCUGGUGGUCCUCAAGGGUGAUUUAUGUUUUGCCGACGAAGAAGACUGGACAGAACAGGAAUUCAAUGCCAGUAUUUCACAUGAAAGGCAGGGUAGAAGGCCAUUAGUGACGGGGGAUCUAACAGUUACCCUGAGAGACGGUGCUUGUGAUAUUAGAGAUAUCAAUUUCACGGAUAAUUCAAGCUGGAUGAGAACUGGAAAGUUUAGAUUAGGAGCAAGAGUUGUGCAAAAGCACUGUGCUGAAAGCAUCAGGGAAGCUAGAAGUGACCCUUUCAGGGUAAAAGAUCGCCGUGGAGAGGCGAAUCAGAAACACGCCCGUCCACACUUGGAUGAUGAAAUAUUUCGUUUGAGGAGGAUAAGAAGAGAUGGUCCACACCAUAAGCGGUUGGUGGCUGCUGGAAUUAUAACUGUGAAGGACUUCCUGAGGGCAUAUGCAAUCAAUCCAUCACAAGUACGCAGGAGGUUAAACAAGUUUUCAGAGAGAAGUUUGGAGACAAUCAUACGAGAAGCAAAGACUUGUUAUGUAGAUGAUGGUAAGCUCUAUUCUUACUACAGCGCUGGAGAUCGUGUUGGCCUCCAGUUCAAUUCCAUCCAUGAGGUUGUAGCAGCAACAUUUGAUGGCCGUAAUUAUCGUUCUGUGCGAGAACUUUCUCUAACUCCAUCUGUGAAGGGUGUGGUGGAAGUUGUGAAGAAGAAAGCAUAUAAACAUGUGAAUGAUUGGGUCCCGGUCAAUGAGCUAUCAACUGUACCAAGGCCCCCAGCAAGUCUAUCAUCAGUUCAUCCAUUUAGUGUUCGAGAAAUUGGCUCCCCUGUCACACACCAAGGUUCAAACUCUCCCUUAAUAAAUCCACCAGAAACAUUGCUCCACUUCAACCCUCCAUCAAUUUUCGAUGCACCAGAAAGUAGCUAUCAAUGCGAGGCUUCUGUAGCUCAAAACAGUCAUCCCGUAAUGCUAGGGAACAGUUUGUUGAUGGAGGAAUUUUGCACCGGAUUCUUCAACGGAGAUUUCCCAGUUUUCCCAAGUGGUUAUCCUGCCACAUGGGAGCAGGGAAAUGAUGUUUUCUUUGCUUCGGAUGUUGGCUUCAUUCCUCUUCCGGAUGUAAUUAUAAGGACUGGAAAACCCAAGGCGGCAUGGUGUAAGAUUCGGGCUUUUGUCAAGUGGAAUUCAGUUUUGCGGGAUGUUGCUGCCAGAAGAAUGUUUGGUUACCGAAGGCUCUAAUCCUUAAGCAAGUUCUGGUUGGAAGCUAAGCUACUCCUAGACUGGUUAAGCUUAAUUUGUAAAAUACCUGUUAAGUGCAGCAAAGGUAACAUUGUAGAUUCACUGAACUCCUUAAACUUUCAUUACUUUUACAGAUUUCUCUUAAGGUUUAAAAACUCUCAAUUUUAGUGUAUCGCACUUUAAAAAAUUUGCAAUCUCACCCUUCCGUUAGGAUUUAACAGAUAUGUGAAAAAUUCUCAAAAUACUCUAUUUUUUUCAAAAAAAUAAAAAAUAUUAAUUGUAAUUUAAAGGUAAUUUUGUAAUUUUAUAAAAUUUGCAUGGAUAUAGGGGAUACUUUACUCUUUAACCGUCUGAUUUAAUCCCAAACCCUAAUAGGAGGGAUGAGAUUGUAAAAAAUUAAAAGUUUGAUACACUACGAUGAUAGUUUUUGAAUUUUAAAAGGAAGAUCGUAAAAAUGAUGGAAGUUCAGCAAAUUAGGUGAAAUGUUCUUUUUUUUCAUUUUUAUAAUUAUGUGGAUAUUUUUGUACAGUGUUUAAAGACCUGUGUAGUUGUGGUUUCUGUAAUGUUCAAAUUUACAAGCAGUAAAUGUCAUGAGAAGCUAUUAGCAUAUUCUUCAA